UUCCAGCACAAAACAGUGCUACAUUCUGUCAGCUGUUCCAAUUCUGUUACACGAGGAGUCAAAGUCAAGGAGCAGACUCAAACUGUCUGGAGCUGUAAUCCAUCAAGUGUUGUGAGCGGCGGUCUCAUCACAGAGUGUCUGAACUGGCUGAAGUCUGCAUGUGAACCACACUGGGAGAUGCAGCCGGAGGAGUGUCCGUCCGCCCUAAUGGUCUCUAAUAACAACAACAAGGGCAGAUUGGUUCCAUUCACUGGCUGCUGUCGGGCAGAGACGCUCCGGAGUCCAGCAGCUCAGACCUCUGCAGGAUCUUCAGCUGAAAGCAUGCAUCUGCCCCUCUCUCUCCUCCUCCUCCUGGUUGCCGGGGCAGCCAUUGUGUGUGUCGCCGUGACGACGAGCACGCUUCAUGGUUUCCGAGGCUGUGCGGUGCGAGAGUUCUCCUUCGUGGCCCAGAAGCCCGGCUGCACGGGCCUGCGCAUCACCACGGAGGCCUGCUGGGGGCGCUGUCACACCUGGGAGAAACCUGUGCCCGACCCGCCGUACAUCCAGCGCCACCACCGCGUCUGCACGUACAGCCGGACCCGCCACAUGACGGCCCGCCUGCCGGGCUGCCGGCCCAACGUCUCCUCUCUGUACCACUACCCGGUGGCUCUGCAGUGCCACUGUGCCGUCUGCUCCACGCAGGACACCGAGUGUGAGACCUUCUGACGGCAGCAGCAGCCCACUGACCUGAACCAGCCUGAAUAAAAUCAUGAGACCGAGA